GAAAUCCAACAAGGAACGCUCAGAGCCACGCGAGCGGCCGCGCGAUACGGUUUCGAGUGUUUUCAAUGUCGGUGUGAUCACUCGUCGCGUAAUGUGCAUCGACAAAUAUCCGAGCCACGCGAGGCUCGCCUGUGUUGCCCUUUUCCUCACGGCAAUUCUUUCCCCAUUCGGACUCUGCCAGAAUGCCGGGGUGCACGGCACGUUCAGGGACGGGGUUGGGAGACCACCCGACCCUUCCGGCGACAACUCGUACACCAAUCUGGAAACCCAUCAGCAGUAUAGUCGGGACGCAGCUUCUGGGAGAACGGAGGCACUCGAGGAAAACAGAAGGACGCUCACAUCGCGAGGCGUUGUCAAGGAGCCGGAGGAGACGGAAACGGAAGCGAAAGCGGGGGCCCGCGGCGAUGAGCGCGGGGACAAACACCUCCUUUUGUCGGAAAAUGGUGCGAAAAUUCCUCUCGGGCGGAACGUAAACGUCACGAUAUUGAGCAGACAGCAGGAAGGCAAUUUCGGAAGUCGGACGCGCAAGAAGCGCCGUAGGGCGAAGGAGUCGAAGAGUCCCGGUUCCGAGGAUCACGCGAUUGCCGAGGACAGUCGCGAGAACGAGGUGAGCGAGAACGAGCGGGCACAAUCGUCGCAGAGGAGGAACAAUGUCCUGUCGAAGUCGAGGUCGAAGAACCGGGAGGCACGGAAGUCCCGCGCGGAGCGGCGUAGACGGAAAAAGAAGAACAGGAGGGAGCGGAACGGAAGUGAUAGGAGGAAUUCCCGGCGGAACGACAAAAGGCAGGACGUUGCGCGUCGAUCAUCGAAGUACAAGCGGAAGACGCGCGAUGGUACAGCCGAUAAACCCGAUUUCACCGAAGCCUCUACAUCCGAGCUCGCAACCGACAAACCGUUCACCGUCACCCCCAUCGAUCGCGAUUCGCUAACGAUUACUGUCGGCACGACGGCAUCUCCGAGUCCCCAGGAUCGUUCCCCGAUGAUGGGAAGUCUGACGAUGCCACGACGUGGCAUUUACACAGCCGACACCGUGGAGAGAGAACUCUCUAAGCAGCUCGAGAUGGAAAUUUCCAGGUCGGCCGCGAAGGACCCGUCGAUCCUGGAGGAUGGUAUCUUCGACAGCCCUCCGAAGAAAUCGGCUGGAGAACGGAGCGCUUCAAGCGCGGUCAAAAACGCGGAGAAUGCGAUCGCUUCCGGUCAGGUCGAUCUUAGCGAGUCGCGUUAUGACGCCGAGAAGAUGCUGGGCUACUCGAGGACCGAGGAGGACUUGCCGAUUCUGGAACUGGAGAACCAGGUGCUGGAGAGGACCCUGAAGGACUACAACGCGUACAUGACGUCGCGGCUGAAGCUGAUGUCACCGAGCCACGAGGAGUUACCGGCGCCGGCGUCGAUUCGUCGCACCACGGGCGUUCAUUCGCCGAGAAAGCCGAUAAUUAAUUCGGAAGAGAGCGAGGGGGUGUCCGACGACGAUGACGGCAACGACGACGGAAGCGCGGAAGUCACGAGCGCGACGAGUGAGGCGCAGGAUGACGGCACUAGAGGAGACUUAUCAUGCAUAAACGGGACGUUCCUGCCAGCACCUCUAUCUCGCCACGCGCUGAUCAAAUAUGUAAAGUCCUCGACCCCGGGCCACGAGUAUUUGGAAGCCGAUUACGAGUGUGUGCCAGGUUUCCGCAUGACGUCCCCCACGAGCCGAUUAGUCUGCAGGAGUCGUCAGUGGGUGGGACAGGUGCCAAAGUGCGAGAUCAAGCAAAACCCGAACGGGGUAUGCGCCGAGGCAUCCUGCGAGCACGUUUGCAACGAAAUUAACGGGCGUCCCGUCUGCUCCUGCUACAAGGGAUACAGAUUGGAUGGCCGCAAAUGCGUUGACAUCAACGAGUGUCUGUUGAACAACGGGCACGGUCCUUGCCAGGACACCUGUCGAAAUCGCGUAGGAGGCUACGAGUGUUCUUGUGACAGUCUGGUAGGUACAUCACUGGCCGCUGACAAUCACACGUGCGAACACGACAAGCAUAUUGGCCCGUGCAGCGUUAACAACGCCGGCUGCUCUCAUACGUGUCUGUCCACGAUGGGCCGUGUGUUUUGCCUGUGUCCUGACGGCUUCAUGCUGGAGGAUGACUGGAAGACUUGCCAAGAUGUGAACGAGUGCUCGGUGCCGGAUCUUCAGACGGAGUUGUGUCGCUUCGGGUGCAUUAAUACUCCAGGCUCUUAUCGAUGCGCCGAACCCAUGGAGCUGAAGGAUCAACCGGUUCUGGACAGCCUGUCUAUCACUUGCUUGCCGGGUUACGAACAGACACCCCACGGGACGUGCAUCGAUAUCAAUGAGUGUGCGGUUGACAACGGCUGGUGUGCGGAAGUGUGCGAGAACACAGACGGAAGUUUCUUCUGCGCCUGCGACGGGGAUGAGAAAGUCCUGUCAUCCGACGGGAAAUCCUGCGUAGAUAUAAAUAGUAUCGCGUGUGCACCGCUAAAUCCGGUAGGUCGUGGUUAUUUUAUCUGUUCUCGAUUAACCGCGCCUAGACCAUGGCACAGCCGGCGAAAAAUGACCAAUCGACCCGGCACAAGAUGCUCUCUGAAGUGUCCUCCUGGCUUCCAGCUUCGUGGCGAGUACGAAUUGACCUGUCGAUCUGAUGGCACCUGGGAUGGAUCACAGCACGGAAAAUGCGUUAGAUACAACAAGCCCCGAUUGGAGUGUCCAAAGGAUGUCGUAGCCGAGUUACCGCCCGGCAGGGACGAGGCGUUCGUGACCUUCGAUCAGCCGGUGACAGAUCUCGAUUGGUUCCGAUACGUGCGGUCGAAGCCCUCCUGGGGCACGCGGCUCGAGGCCAACCUGAAGCCCGGCGUGCACGAGAUCACGUUUUCCGCGAGACACCCGGUAUCGAAGAAGCAAGCCAGCUGCGUACUGCGCAUUACCGUCAAAGGCGGCGAGGCGCCGAAAGUCAAAGAUUGCCCGAACGACAUCGAGAUAGUCGGCAGGAACGGCACGGCGAUCACCUGGACGGAGCCGACUUUCACGGACAACGUGAAGGUGACGCGAAUCAGUAAUAACGAGAGCCCGGGACAUCGUUUCGACAUCGGCGGCCACAGGAUCGAGUACGAGGCGAGCGACGACGCCGGCUGGUCGAGCAAGUGUAUUUUCACCAUGGUCCUUCGUCGGCAGUGAGCUUCCGGGAUCGCUCGAGGAGGGAUCCGCAAGGAAACAGACUGUGCUAUGUUUCCACAGAAGAGACAGCGAGGAAGAGCGGCACGGAAGAAUAACGACAAGGUAAUAUAAAUGUAAAUGUUCCUCGGGGAUCGAGCUGGCACGGGGGUGCAGCCUGCACCCUCUUACGUAGGCCCGGUAAUGGAUUCCGUUUUGUCCGGCAGGUUGCACGUGGAAAACACGAGAAAAAGAAUAAUCCGUUCAUGAUAUCCGUUCACGCAUGCACGCGUGCUUCCAACUGCCAGCAACCCUCGUCUCCCGCGUGGCGACACGCCUAAUUAACUUUUAGGGCGCAUAAUUCUAACUACUCGCGAUAAAAUUACACGCGACACAACGACGAUCAACUCGUCGCUCGCAAUCUUCUUCGAUCGGCGUAACUUGACGAUAGCUUAGUGGCGUUAUAACGCCGUGAUGAAAAGCGUUACCGUGAAUUUUACAUGUCAAAUAUUUUAUGCGAGAGAGAGGGUAGCGCACGGAUUUUUCAUUCUCGGAGAGAAACGGGGGUUUCAGCAAUUUGUAUAAUUUACGUUUUCGUAACCGUUUUCCGUAGAGGAGGCGCGCGUAAUGUAAAGUCCUCGUGAAAUCGGCAACGCGCGCGAAGUCGAAUUACCAAUUUGCGGAUCGCCACGCGGAUAUUACGCUCCCAUUUUCCCUCGUGAUUAACGUCGAUACAAUUUUUAUCACAAUCAUGACGAUGUAGCACGGUGCAUAAUGCAACCGCAAUACGGGAUUGCGGACGGAGAAUCGCAUUAUCGAUUCCCGUUCGCCCAACAGUUAAACAAUCGAAUUAACGGGCGCUCGUCGUGUCGCUCGCCAAUACCAUGCGUAUCCUCGAUGCGCACCCCCCAUCACCGACGACGUGACGCUCGAGUAUCUCGAGAUGCUCGUGCAGGUGACGAUGUGGAAUUGCUUCGAAGACACGCCGACACCGGGAUCCUUUCCCGGAUAAGAUUCUCGGCCGAGUCUAUUCGCUGACGAGCCUGCCAGACAAUGGAAAGCACAUCGCGUGUCUGAAUCUCACACACGAGCGUCGAUAUUCUCUAAGCAAACUGACAUGGAAUCUGACGCGAUGUCACACCGCAUAAGCCAUCGCGGUUUACGGCGAUAACAUUAAUGUAGAGAACUAGAGAGAGAGAGAGAGAGAGAGAGAGAACUGCAAAUGUUAUUACCGCUUUACCAGCAGUUUAGAAAUUGCAUCUUACAAAGUAAGAUAAUAACUGACAUCCUUUCAUAAUUUCUUACAAAAAUAUUCACCAUCUUUUUUUUAUUAUUUUGUAUUAAUUAAUAAUUCUUCUUUUAAUCUUUCGGUGCAUUUCAAGAGCUUGGGAAGCUUAGGCUUGCCCAUACCUUCAGCUUUCUUUGCAUUAUUCGAGAUCUAGGAAAAGUAGACUAGUCCUUCGUGCUUGUUUGCUCGCAAUAUAUGCUACUUUAUCUUAUACUAAAAUAUUUUCUCCUUAUCGUUCCUCUAGAAUGUAAAAAUGUAAAACAUAUAACGGUAUAUAUAUGGACUUUCGAGGCCGGUGUAUGAAGUGUAACGAUAGAGAAAAAAACAAUUUGCACCGGAGAAUUAAUAAAAAUAAUGGAAUCAGUGACGCUUUCGACUUAAAAUGUACAAAACGGUUCCGAUUACUUUGCUUUACGUCAGAUGACAACUGACAACUCCUCGAGGCGCAAUCCUUGCGAGAUUCGCAAGAGGCGAAAAGCAAUUUGCAUAAAAUAGUAAAAGUAGCGAAGCAAUAGAUCGCAGUACGCGAUUGGCGCAACGGAUAAUCAACCGCGGUCUAAUUGGAGUGCCAUUCCAUCACGAGAAAACCAGAUACGCGCGGCUAACGCGGGGCUUUUCUUCGUCGCGUUUGAAGCGCAUCGAUUCCAAGAUGCCGUCGGCAUCCUCGUUACAAAGGAUCUCUAGUUAUUGUGUGCUCGGGGGCGCAAAACUACAGCAGGGUUUUCGGAAAACGGAGGGGUAUUCGUCCCCGCAACGCGCGCGCAUUCUCAUUAGUACGCGGCCGCACGAAUCAACAACGUUCGCGCGCUGAUUAAUUAAUAACGCUCGUCGCAAACCGAUAGCCGAUCCGGGUGCAUUUAAUAACCGCGGCCUUCGAUGCGGUUUCGCGUCUCGAUAAACGGCAUAAUCGGAAAUAUGUUGCGCGGUGUAACGGAGAAAAGCGAACCGCCGUGAAACGAGCUCGAGCACGCACCGAGCGUAACUUUGCGCGUCGCGAAUAAAGAUUCCGGCAAUUGAACGGUCGAGGAAAUAACUAUGUGGUCUCUGCGCGGCGAUUUAAUCCUCCUGGAGCUAGCGUUUCUCAAAAAUCCCGCUCUAGUUUCGCGCGCAAAGUUAUUCCCCUCGAAGGGCCGCUUGAUCCUAGUAGAUGAGAGACAGAUGGGUUCCCCGUUUGCUAUUUAUUGAAAUUCCUCUAUACGUCACUCUCGCAUAUCAUCGUUAACGAUAACGAUCGAGAUUGUCAUUAUAUGAUAUUAUUAUGGAUGUAUAAAAUUUAUGUAUUAAA